UUAGCUCAUAGAAUUUAAAAUUACCUACUUGUAGAACAUAAAUUCCGAAUCAGUUUCAAUUUAUAAUUAUUUAUAUCGAUUUAGCACAUUUUUUUGUGAAAAGUGACACAUAAUCUACAUAAAUAGUAGUAUGAUUGUUAAGUGAAUAAUAUGAUAUUUAAUUUAAAUGAAACUGCUGCAAGUCUUGACAGAUAUAUUUAAGAGAUCAUUCAUUAUGGAGCCAGGAGAAAAAUGUAAAAGCAUAAUUGAAGGACUAGCCGAAAUAAGAGUAAAAUCAAACAAAGUGUUCUAUAAUCCUGUACAAGAAUUUAAUAGAGAUUUAAGUAUAGCUGUUCUCAGCACUUAUGUUAAAGAAUAUAAGGAGCAGAAAAUUGGAAAGACAAAACACUUGAAAGAUUGUGAACUUCAUGAUGUACCAUUUACUAUAUUGGAGGCAUUGUCUGCGACAGGAUUACGGAGUAUAAGAUAUGCAAAAGAAAUUCCCAACAUUACAAAAGUAAUUGCCAAUGACUUAUCAGCACAGGCAGUGGAUACUAUCAAAGAGAAUAUCACAUAUAAUAGUGUUGGUAAUCUGGUAGAUGCAAGCCAUGAUGAUGCUUGCAUGUUGAUGUAUAAACACAAAAAUCCCAGAAUGAGAUUUGCCGCAAUUGACCUUGAUCCAUAUGGAUGUCCAUCAAUAUUUCUUGAUGCAGCUGUCCAAAGUGUUCAAGACUAUGGAAUAUUGUGUGUAACAGCCACAGAUAUGGCUGUUUUGGCAGGGAACUCACCUGAAACUUGCUAUGUGAAAUAUGGAGCUGUUAGCCUGAAGACAAAGUGUUGUCAUGAAAUGGCGCUAAGAAUUCUCCUACAAAGUAUAGAACACCAUGCAAACAGAUACAGUCGGUACAUUGAACCACUACUGAGCAUUUCAGCUGACUUCUACAUACGGGUUUUUGUAAGAGUAAACACUGGGGCCCAACAAUGUAAGAAAACAACAAGCAAGUUAUCUAUGGUGUACCAGUGUGUGGGAUGCGACACCAUAACCUUGCAGCCGUUGGGUGCCACAAAGCCGAACCCCAGCGAACGGAACCCCGGUCAGCUCAAGUUCUGCUUGCCUGCAGCGCCCUCUGUCGGCGAGCUGUGCUUACACUGCAACCAAAGGCAUCGGCUAGGCGGUCCAAUAUGGACGGCGCCGAUACACAACAUGCCAUUCGUAACCAGAGUGUUGGAGUACGUGACAGAGAACCCGCAUCUCUUUGGCACGGCUAAGCGGAUAGCGGGCGUAUUAUCUAUGGUGCGCGAGGAGCUUCCCGAUGUACCACUAUACCACAUACUGGACAAACUCUUUGGCAGAGUACAUAUACAGACUAUGCCUAUUUUGAUUAUGAGGUCGGCAAUUUUGAACGCGGGGUAUCGCGUGUCAUUCUCGCACGCAUCUAAACUGUCGAUCAAGACAGAUGCGCCCGCCAGAUUGGUGUGGGACAUUAUACGCACCUGGGAGAAACAAUUCCCGGCCAGUGCCAAUAAAAUUGAAUCUGAUCUCGUGGCGAGAUACAUACUGAGUCAAGAGAUACAAAGCAAAGUGGAUUUAAGUGAGCGAGAAGACGCGAACCCACAGAGUCGACGAAGCGGCGCGCUGCGGUUCCAGUUCAACCCGAGUAGGCACUGGGGUCCGGGCACAAGAGCCACCAUCAAUGAUGGUGAAGAGAAAAUGUCAAAAGCUAAACGUAAUCAAAACAAGAAUUCAAAGAAAAAUACGGAGAAACGUGAUCACUCGCCACAGAGCGGUGAUGAGGCGCGCAAGAAACUACAUAGCGAUGAUCAUCCAUAGAUUAAUGAAUAAAUUUGUAAAACGAA